UUCAUUCUUUUCGAGUUGGCCCAGAAUGACGUCCUUCUAUAAGAAUCCCGACCUGGAUGAGUUCAUCCGGCAAAAGUACACACUCAAGCAGCUGCUUGGCGAAGGCGCCUUCUCGGAGGUCGUGCUGGGCGUCGACAACGUCACACACGCGAGCAUUGCGCUCAAGAUCAUUGACAAGCGAAACUGCACCAAGCAGCAAUCGCUCGAGACGGAGGUCGCCAUCCUGAAGACGGCCAAGCACUCGAAUGUCAUUCAGUUGCUGGACGUCUUUGAGUCACCGCGAUACCUCUACCUUGCAAUGGAGCUCGUCACCGGUGGAGAGUUGUUUGACCGCAUUCUCGAGAAGGGAUACUACACUGAGCGCGACGCCGCCAAGCUCGUCAAGGACAUUCUGAGCGCCGUUCAAUACCUGCACAGCGCCGGCAUUGUGCACCGCGAUCUCAAGCCGGAAAACCUGCUCUUCUUUAGCAAGGACGAAGACUCCAAGAUUAUGAUUACCGACUUUGGUCUUUCGCGCAUCCGCAAGGAGGCCGACGAAUCCUUGGUCAUGGAAACUACUUGCGGAACUCCUGGCUAUGUUGCCCCCGAAGUCUUGACUCGCAAGCCUUACGACAAGGCAGUUGACAUGUGGGCGGUUGGCGUCAUUACCUUCAUCCUACUAUCCGGCUACCCGCCGUUUUACGCUGAAAACAAUGCCGAAUUGUUCAAGCAGAUCAUGCGGGCAGAGUUUUCGUUCGACCCGAACUACUGGAGCGACAUUUCAGAAAGCGCCAAGGACUUUAUCCGACACCUGUUGACGAUUGAUCCCGAGCAGCGCUUUACUGCGGAUCAGGCGCUUGAGCACCCCUGGAUAGCCUCGGAUGCUGCCUCUGACAAGAACAUUCACUCGUCUGUUAGCACGCAGCUCAAGAAGAACUUCAAGAGCAAGUGGAAGAAAACUAUCAAUACAAUCCUGGCGAUCGAGCGCAUGCGCAAGCUCCAUCUCUGAGCAAACAUGCCAUUUCGAUGAAUUCACUGUGCCUUUGUGCCUUGGUUGCGUCUCGUGAGCUCUGGCGCCUUUGCAAGAGGUUGUCUGCUUCUGCAGGAGGAAUGCAAAGGGGAGGUGAGGGGUUCUUUUGCACUCGUACCCCCUGGGUAUCAUUUUUUUUUUUCGUUCUUGUUUUCCAUUGUGUGCAUUAUUUUUUUUUUUUUUUUGUCUGUGCGCAUGCGUUUUGUUCUUUUGUUGUUCUUGUACUUUCUUUUCGAGAAUUUGUACAUGAUUAUCCACCAUUCC